CACAGCAUCGCAACCAUGGUGCUCAAAGUCUUCUUUCCCACUUGCUGCUCCUCGGCCGAGAGCGGCCUCCUGGUCGGGCGAUGGAUCCCAGAGCAGAACUCUGCUGUGGUCCUGGCCGUGGUCCACUUCCCUUUCGUCCCCGGCCAGGUGAAGCAGUACCUGGCCGAGGUGCAGCGGGCGACGGGGGUCGAGAUCUCCGUGCUGGGCUCCUGGACCAACAGCAAAGCGGCCAAGGAGGAGAAGGGCCUGGAGCGGUUCCUGGAAGACCUGGGCACCAUCUUCUCCCACGACCCCUGGAUCCAGCUCGGCAAGGAGCAGGGCAGCAAGUUCUGGAGCUGCAGCGCCACCCGGAGGCACCCCAGCGGCGACGAGAGGGACGAGAUCAUCCUGGUGUAUUACGACCAGCGCAAAGCGAUGCUCUCGCGGCUGCACCCGCCGUGCGCCCCGGAGGCGGGGGAGGCGGCCGCUGCUCCGGACCGGAAGGCGGAGAACGCCUCCAAACUCGCCACCAUGUUUGCCACCGUCUCCCAGAGCCAGCUGCUCUUCGCCAAGGACAGGUACGACGAGGGGCCCGUCAAACUGACCCACUGGCAGUCGGAAGGCGUGGAAGCCAGCAUCAUCGUGGAGCUGGUGAAGCAAGCCUCCGGGCCCGCCUGCGUGCUGCUCACCUUCCUGCUUUCGCUGGUCUCCCGAGUCUGCCUAAGCAGAGCACUGACGUUUUGGCCUCUGUCCUUCGUCUGGAGCAAACUUUCCACUUGCCAGCAGCUGAAGCACCGUCUACAGCACCUGCAAGUUGUCAGCAGCACCAGAAAGGCCCCCGAUCAGGCCCAGCUGAUGAGAAAAGCCAACAUCUUUGUCUCCCUCCUCCUGGACAUGACUCUGGGGAUCCUGCUGAUGUCCUGGCUGUACCAGAAGAACCGGAUCGGGCAUCUGGCCAACGCGCUCAUCCCGAUGGCUGACCUUGUUGCCGAGCAACUUCAGGACCUCCUGCAGUGGCUGAUGGGUGUGCCGGCUGGGUUGAAAAUGAACCGAGCGCUGGACCAAGUCUUGGGACGGUUUUUCCUCUACCACAUCCACCUGUGGAUCAGCUACAUCCACCUGAUGUCUCCAUUCAUCGAGAUGAUCCUGUGGUACGUCGGCUUGUCGGCCUGCCUCGGCCUGACCGUGGCUCUGUCCAUCCUCUCGGACAUCAUCGCCCUCCUGACCUUCCACAUCUACUGCUUUUACGUCUAUGGAGCCAGGCUCUACUGCAUGAAGAUUUACGGCUUGGCUUCACUGUGGCGCUUGUUCCGCGGGAAGAAGUGGAACGUCCUGAGGCAACGAGUGGAUUCUUGUUCCUACGACUUAGACCAGCUGUUUAUCGGCACUCUGUUAUUCACCAUCCUGCUGUUUCUUCUGCCCACGACGGCCUUGUACUAUCUAGUUUUCACACUGCUCCGCCUGCUGGUGGUGAUCGUGCAAGGCCUGCUCCAUCUGCUGGUGGACCUCGUCAACUCGCUGCCCUUUUACUCGGUCCUGCUUCGCCUCUGCCGACCCUACAGACUGGCGUCUGGUGUGAAGUUCAGAGUCCUUGAGCAGGAGGCUGGGAAACCUCUCCGACUUCUAAUGCAGAUCAAUCCCCUGAGUUAUGGCAGCGUGGUGCAGACCUACCGGCUCCCGACAUACAGUUGCUACCCCAAGGACUCGUGGGGCUCUCUGUGCAAGAAGCUCUUUGUGGGCGAGCUGAUCUACCCUUGGAAGCACAAAGGGGAGAAGCAGGACUGAGCAGGGGCAGCCCCACACCGGACCGGGUCGAGCAAGCCGAACGCGACAGCCACGAAACGGACACUUCCGGACCAGCACGAUAGGGACGGUGCCAAGAACUUGGCCAUGGGCCGGAAUUGGGUUGUGAGGGAAAGGGGUAAGGAUGUUUUUCAGUAAAGUAUUCUCUUCUUUGUUUUACUAA